UCAAAAGUACGAAAACAAUAAACCAAACAAUAAACGCUGUAAAAUUAUUAAAAACAUGUUCUUAACGAAAUAAAUCAUGUAUUUGCCUCAAGCUCCCAACAAAAUGAAGAUCAAGCAAUAGUCUCCUGCCCAAAACUAAAUGAAAGAUCCGAACAAUCCCGAGAAAUGGAUGUCUUGUCCCAGAAUUGACACAGAGCACCCGGGCUUGGCCUACUUCUGUCCCCUGAACGAGCUGAUAGUGGCCAAGAAAUUGGACGCCUUGCACAAAGUGAUAGGCAAAAAAGGCAUUGGCUACACUAUCUUCAACAAUGAGGGGCAAAAAAUAUUUUUAGCCGUCCGAGAAAAAAGUUGCCGUCGAUUCCAAGUGAAGAUUUUCAACUACUACGGCAAUGAAGUCAUCGAAAUUAAGAAGCCGAAGUAUUGUGUGAAUAAAGUCCACGUGUGGGCACCGCCGGGAAACUUUGUGGGCUACGUGAAACAAGUGAACCCUUGUGCAAACACUUUUCUAGUGAAAAACAGAGAGAAACAAGUUGUUUUGAAGAUAAAAGCCCCAUGUUUCUUUGGAGGUGUGUACGAUGUGUUGUCUAGAGAUGAGCUGGUGGGAACAAUGAAGAAGCAGUGGAAUGUGGAGGCCCUGGUCAAUUACGACAACUUCGGGGUGUCUUUCCCGGUUGAAAUGGAGGUUGGCGAUAAAGCUGUGCUGCUGGGAGCUUGUUUCUUAAUCGGUUAUUUGAAAUAUUAA